GAAGGUCCCAACAAAUAGUCUUGAUUGAAAAGUAGAGCGUCACGCAAUCUCCCGAUAUAAACCUCGUCACCCGCAAAUCUGAUCGAGAGAGCAAACGGAUUAAGAAAUACAAUGAAGUCUUGUAUAGCACUUGCUGGCCUUGUGGUCUUCCUCUGUGCGAUCUUUGAGUUGGGGCUUUGCAGGGAGGACCCUCUCAUCAAAAUGAAUCUGGGUGGUUUUAAAGAUUCUCGCGCUUCUCAGAACAGCGCGGAAAGUAUCGCUCUCUUUGCUGUUCAAGAACACAACAAGCAACAGAAUGGUGUGCUUGAGUUUGCGAGGGUGUUGAAUUCAAGGGAACAAGUGGUUGCUGGUAAGAUUUACCAUCUCACGCUGGAAGCUGUUGAUGCUGGUAUCAACAAGAUAUAUGAAGCUAAGGUCUGGGUGAAACCAUGGAUCAACUUCAAGCAGUUGCAGGAGUUUAAGCUCGCACACCAUGUCCCUUCCUUUACUUCUUCGGACCUCGGCCUUAAACCAGAUGGCCAUGGACCAGGAUGGCGACCAGUGCCAAUUCAUGAUCCCGAGGUCCAAGAUGCAGCAACUCAUGCUGUUCAGUCCCUUCAGCUCCGAUCAAAUUCGUUGUACCCAUAUGAACUUCUUGAGAUCCUCCUAGCUAAGGCUAAGGUUAUUGAAGAUUAUGCCAGAUUUCAUUUGCUUUUGAAGGUGAAGAGGGGAAUCCAAGAACAGAAGCUCUGGGUUGAAGUAAAUAAGAACAUUGAAGGAAGGUUUUAUUCGAGUGGGAUGGAAAGAGAUCGCUGAAUCUAGUUUAUAUCCUUGCAUGGUAAAACAAUGUGUUGGUUGAUGGUUCGAUCUACUAUUAUGUUACACUUAAUACCAAAAGGGAUCGUGUUAAGCGACCGGUGUUUCUUAUGUGAAUUGUAAGGCUUACUGCUUAUGACUUGAUUUUUGUAAUCCCUUGUACAAAAUCAUACUAGUCCAUACCAUGUAUAUUUGAUACCGUACAAAUAAAUUGGUUCUGCUGGAUUUUGUCUAA